AUGAUGAACGUGUUCGUCGUGAACUAUACCGGCCUUAUCCUGCAGCGGGUCUUCCUGGGUAUCAUAGCUGCUCCGUAUUACCCAGGGGCCAUGUAUAUGAUUAGCAUGUUCUACAAGCGCAAGGAGAUAGCAACCCGCAUCAGCAUCCUCUUCAGCGCCAACAUCCUAGCCACAGCCUUCCAGGGGCUGAUCGCAGCCCCGAUCUACAGCGAGCUGGGCGGCGCCCGCGGGCUCUCGGGCUGGCGCUGGAUGUACCUGAUCAUGGGCGCGUGGAGCCUCCUCUUCAGCAUCACGGGCGUCUUCUUCUUCCCCAACAAGCCCGCGACGACGUGGUGGCUGACCCCGGCGCAGAAGCGGCUCGCGGGGGGCCGCAUCGCCGCCGACACGGUGGGCCGCAGGGAGGACGUGGACCUGCUUCGGGGGCUGCGCGAAUGCCUGGCCGACCGCCGCGUGUGGGCCUUCAUGGCGGCGCAGCACCUGCAGACGGCGACGAGCAGCUUCCGCAUCUUCCUGCCGACGCUGAUCGGCACGCUGGGCUUCUCGCGCACCGUCACGCUCGUGCUGACGUGCCCGCCCUACAUCCUCGCCGGCGCGGCCUCGGUCCUCGUGGGGCUGUCGUCGGGCCGCCGCAACGAGCGCACGUGGCACGUCACCGUGGGCAAGCUCGUGUCCGUCGCCGGGUUCGUGCUGGCGUGCGCGACGCUCAACACGGGCGCGCGGUACUUUGCCGCCUUCGUGUUUGUCGCGGCCACGUACCCCUUUGAUAUGGACGCCGGUACGUUGUGGGCAGUAUCUAUGGCCGGACUCGUCAGCGCCUCGAUACGUCCUGCCAAUGGCCACUAG